AUGGCGCUGGUCGAGGAGAAAUCAUCGUCAUCUCCGUUGGCUCUCCUGACCGACAAUGCCAUCUCUGCGGCCCUCUCAGACACUUACUCGACCCUGCAGGAGAGAAGGAAACUUCUAGGGCUCGAGAACCCCGGAACUGUGGACAACAUCGCCCGCGAAGUACAGAAAGAUGUCCUCCUAUCUAAUUUCAUGUUCUCCGGUCUGCGUUGCGACCUCCAGAAAGUCUUCAGCAUCUCUCCUUUGUUUCGGCUACAGCAUGGAUUGGCAAUGGGAUCGCAGGCUCUGCCGCCCUGGCAGUUGAUGGCGUUGUAUGGCACUUCAAAUGUCUUCAUGCAAGCCGCCUACUCCAGCGACAAGUCUCUGACGGCAUGGGGAAAUCUGAGAUGGACCCCCCGAUUUGUGACCAAAACGCAAACCUCAAUCGAUGCACGACAGGCGCAGGCAAUGGUGCAGAUCGAAAAUGAAUAUACUGGUGAAGAUUUCUCAGCCUCUCUCAAGGCCAUCAGCCCUUCAAUCCUUGAGGGCGGUUUAACUGGCAUCGUCAUUGGGAGCUAUCUGCAAUCGGUAACACCUAGAAUCGCGCUCGGCCUCGAGGGCGUGUGGCAAAGAGCGGGGCUCAACACCAAGCCGGAGACUGCCCUGUCCUACUGUGCCAGAUACAAGGGAACAGACUGGAUCGCCAGCGCUCAAUACCUUGCGCAAGGAUCACUGGGAGCGUCAUACUGGCGAAAGUUAAGCGACAAGGUGGAAGCCGGUGUUGACUGCCAACUGCAAUUCGCUCCAGCCAUGGGUGCUGGUAUGUUUGGAGGCAUCCGUCGUGAAGGGACCACCACGGUCGGCGUCAAAUACAACUUCGCCGCAUCCGUCUACCGGGCGCAGGUCGAUAGUGCGGGUAAAUUUGGUGUCGUACUCGAAAAGCGAGUUGCACCACCUGUAACAUUGACCUUCGCCGCCGAGAUAGACCAGUGGAAGAACACCCACAAGCUCGGCCUCGCAGUCUCCCUCGAGGGCGCGCCAGAAGAGCUGCAAGAGAUUGCCGAGCGGGCUGAUACCCAGAACCAGCUCCCUCCGCCUAUCUAA